AUACAAAGAGUUUAGCAAUCUAGGUCUCCUUAGAGGAGAAACCUAGCUCCAAAUUGAUUAAAAAUUGAAUAAUUAGGACUCAAAAUGUACACAAUUAAGUUCCUUAUUUUUAUUGUCCCUCUAGUUACUUGCUCCAGAAUUGACCGAGACUAUUCCUCAUUUGAUUCUCUAUCUCCAGAGCCAAAGUCAAGAUUUGCUAUGUUAGAUGAUGUAAAAAUUUUAGCAAAUGGUCUCCUUCAGUUGGGGCAUGGUCUUAAAGACUUUGUUCAUAAGACUAAGGGCCAAAUUAAUGACAUAUUUCAAAAACUUAAUAUAUUUGAUAAGUCUUUUUAUGAUCUAUCACUGCAAACUAAUGAGAUAAAAGAAGAAGAAAAGGAACUUAGAAGAACUACAUCCAAACUACAAGCCAAAAAUGAAGAAGUGAAGAAUAUGUCAAUUGAACUCAACUCAAAACUUGAAAGUCUCUUAGAAGAAAAAAUUCUUCUUCAACAAAAAGUGAGAUAUUUGGAAGAGCAAUUAACUAAUUUAAUUCAAAAUCAACCUGCAACUCAGGAACAUCCAGAAAUAACUUCACUUAAAACUUUUGUAGAACAACAAGAUAACAGCAUCAAAGACCUUCUGCAGACUGUGGAAGAACAAUAUAGACAAUUAAACCAACAACAUAGCCAAAUAAAAGAAAUAGAAAAUCAGCUUAAAAAGACUGGUAUUCAAGAGCCCACAGAAAAUUCUGUGUCUUCCAAGACUAGAGCACCAAGAACUACUCCUUCUCUUCAGCUGAAUGAAACAAAAAAUACAGAACAUGAUGGCAUUCCUGUUGAUUGCAUCAACAUUUAUAACAGAGGUGAACAUACAAGUGGCAUUUAUGCUAUUAGACCCAGCAGCUCUCAAGUUUUUAAUGUCUACUGUGAUGUUAAAUCAGGUAGCUCAUGGACAUUAAUUCAGCACCGAAUAGAUGGAUCAGAGAACUUCAAUGAAACUUGGGAGAACUACAAAUAUGGCUUUGGGAGGUUGGAUGGUGAAUUUUGGUUGGGCCUAGAUAAAAUAUACUCUAUAGUAAACCAAUCCAAUUACACUUUACGAAUUGAGUUAGAAGACUGGAAAGACAAAAAUUAUUAUGUUGAAUAUUCUUUUCACUUGGGAAAUCAUGAAACCAACUACAAGUUAUACUUAGUUGAGAUCACUGGCAACAUCCCCAACGUGCUCCCAGAACACAAAGAUUUGGUGUUUUCUACAUGGGAUCACAAAGCAAAAGGAUAUCACAACUGUCCAGAAACUUAUUCAGGAGGUUGGUGGUGGCACGACAUGUGUGAAGAAAACCAUCUAAAUGGUAAAUAUGUCAAACCAAGAGGAAAAACUAAAGUAGAGAGGAGAAGAGGAAUAUGUUGGAAGUCUUCAAAUGGGAGGUUAUACUCUGUCAAGUCAACCAAAAUGAUGAUCUACCCAAUGCAUUUAGAAAGUUUUGAAUAAACUAAGGCAAAUAAAAAGCCAUUAAAUUAAACUCAUCCCAAGUUACUGUGGUUUAAUAAUCUGAUAUUAAAUGUAUAAUAGUAUGUUUGAGAAACAGAUUUUUUAUUUCAAAGACACUAUCAAUUUAUUUUAAGAUAAAACAUAUCUUCACAAACCUUCAAGGAAAACAAUUUACCUUUGUAAAUCAAAAUUCUU